CGCAAAACUUGCAGAUGGAAGUGAACCAGUUACCACUUUUCCGUGGCUACCGCGGGAGCCCGGCCUCCAAUUUUACACAACUUGAAGUCAUGUGUAAUCUCCAGGCUGGGUAUUCUGGGCCAGCACGAGAGUAGCUCUGUGGGGUCCGUCCCGAUGCUUGCUCGGGCCGGGCCGGGCCGAACGGGCCUUAGGUGGUGGGGUGUCAGGGGAAACAACUGAUCAAGGAGCACUCAGCAUGGUGUCGGUGUGGUCUGUAAAGUGUCAUGGGCGUUGACAGAAGGGACUAUUACUCACUACUCGCCCACAUUGCCGAGAUCGUGACUCUCAUGGCCUCUAUCCACUUGCUUGCCUUCUUCAAUCAAUCAAACCCAUAGGCAUAGCCAUGUCCUUCUUCUUCUUCUUCUUCUUCCUCCUCCUCCUCUUCCUCCUUAUAUUCUCUCUCAUCGUUAUGUGCCCCUCGUUAAAGUUCAGGUGUCUGUCUCUGUCCAUCUCCUUCCUUAUCCACGCCCUGCCUCUGUUGCUUGUCCCAAAGGCUUCUCCGUAUUUAUUCACUCUCCCUCCUCUCCAUAGCUUCUCAGCUCAACUGGGCAUCUCAUUAAUAUCCCAUAUUGUUUUAUCUUCCCUCUUCAAACAAAGACGUCUUCUGGUGUUUUAUUUGAUCCGAGGAUGUCGAGCAAUGGGGCCGUCGGUGCGCGAAACCCGUCUUUUCGGUGGUUAUUUGUCAUGUUCUGUCUCAAUGUUCUCGUGGCCGGUGCACUAAAUGAAGAUGUUCGUAUUCUUUUGGAGUUUAAGGGGUCACUGAGUGAUCCUGACAAUAAUCUCCACAGCUGGAACUCUUUCGAUUCGAGCCCUUGCAAUUGGACCGGGAUCUCCUGUUCGGAAUCAGAGGUAACAUCCAUCAACCUCUAUGACCUGAAUUUAUCGGGUUCUCUAUCUCCAAUCAUCUGCAACCUCCCUCGGUUACUCGAGCUUAACGUGUCAAAAAAUCUGAUAUCCGGUCCCAUUCCUGAAGAGCUUGCCUCCUGUAUUAGUCUAGAGAUUCUAGACAUUUGCACCAAUAAAUUCCAUAGUAUGUUGCCGUUAAAGCUCUUCAACAUUUCCACCCUGAGAAAGCUCUCUCUUUGUGAGAACUACAUAUUCGGCGAGAUUCCCGUGGAGAUCGGGAAGCUAGCCUCGCUUGAGGAGCUCGUGAUUUACGGUAACAAUCUGACCGGUUCAAUACCCGGGUCAAUUGGGGACCUGAAGAGGCUCCAGGUCAUUCGGGCGGGCCUGAACUUCUUCUCCGGGCCGGUUCCGUCGGAGAUCAGCGGGUGCGAGAGUCUGCAGAUUCUAGGAUUGGCCCAGAACAGGCUAGAAGGGUCUCUUCCUAGGGAGAUUCAAAAGCUUCAAAACUUAACCUCACUAAUCCUUUGGCAAAACUUCCUAUCGGGUGAGAUUCCUGCCGAAAUAGGGAAUCAGAGUAAUCUAGAGUUGCUUGCCUUGCACCAGAAUUCCUUAACUGGGUCCAUCCCGGGAGAGGUCGGAAAGCUAACCCGUCUCCAGAGAUUGUACCUUUACAGAAACGAGUUGAAUGGGUCAAUCCCAAAUGAGAUAGGAAACUGCACGAGUGCAAUUGAGAUUGAUCUUUCUGAGAAUCAUUUGAGCGGGAACAUUCCAAAUGAGUUAGGCCAAAUCCCUAAUCUUCAGCUGAUUCAUCUCUUCGAGAACAUGCUUCAAGGAAGCAUUCCCGAGGUGUUCGGACAGCUAAAUCAGCUUCAAAAGUUAGACCUUUCGAUCAAUAGCUUGACGGGCAAGAUUCCAAUUGCACUUCAAGACCUCCCAAACCUAGUCGACUUGCAGCUCUUUGACAAUAAUCUUGAAGGAGCGAUUCCUCCUCUCAUUGGCGUCAACAGUAAUCUCUCGAUUGUUGACAUUUCUGCCAACAAGCUCGUCGGUACCAUUCCUAGGCAUCUCUGCAAGUACCAAAACCUAAUGUUCCUAAGCCUUGGAUCAAACAAAUUAUCGGGAAACAUCCCCCACGGGCUGAAAGUUUGUGAAUCCCUGGUGCAGCUUAUGCUGGGUGAUAAUCAGCUGACUGGAAGCCUUCCUACGGAUGUCCACAAGCUCCAGAAUCUUUCCUCUCUGGAACUGUUUGAGAACCGCUUCUCAGGGCCAAUUCCGCCCGAAAUUGGCAAUCUCUCUAAUUUGGAGCGGCUUCUCUUAGCGGACAACUAUUUCUUUGGGACAAUCCCUGUGGAAAUCGGGAAUCUAGUACACCUCGUUGCAUUCAAUGUGUCCUCAAAUCGGCUCUCAGGCUAUGUUCCUCGUGAGCUGGGAAACUGCCUUCGACUCCAAAGGCUUGAUGUUAGCAGAAACGGAUUUGGUGGGCCCUUACCGACGGAACUUGGGGAGCUUGUGAACUUGGAACUCUUGAAGUUGUCAGACAACAGUUUUUCUGGCGAAAUUCCAGGAUCUCUGGGUGAGCUUCAUAGGCUUACGGAGCUACAAAUGGGGGGAAACUCUUUCACCGGAACAAUUCCACUGGAGUUUGGGCAACUCACGGCUCUUCAGAUCGCCCUCAACAUGAGCCACAAUAAUCUCACAGGACAAAUCCCUGAUACCCUGGGGGAAUUGCAGAUGUUGGAGUCUCUCUACUUGAAUGAUAAUGAACUUGUUGAAGAAAUUCCAGCUUCUAUUGGAGAGCUCCCUAGCCUUCUUGUCUGCAACCUCUCUAAUAACAACUUGAUUGGGACUGUCCCGGAUACUCCCACAUUCCGGAGGAUCGACCCAUCAAACUUUGCUGGAAAUAGAGGGCUCCAUGUGUGGGGCCCCGAGGAGUCCCGUCCUCCAACUGGGCCUAAUGGGACAACCAGAACAAGUUGGAUGAAGGCAGGCUCUUCAAGGGAGAAAAUAGUCAGCAUCAUUUCGGUGAUAAUCGGAUUCACAUCUCUGAUCUUCAUUGUCAGCAUCUGUCGGGUAUUUAAAUGCCAGGGAACUUCUUUCACCUCGCUUGAAGAAGAUCAGAUGAAAGGACCAGGCAAUGUGCUAGAGAAUUACUACUUCCCGAAGGAAGGUUUUACGUACCAGGACCUUCUUGAAGCUACUGGAAACUUCUCUGAAACUGCGGUCAUAGGAAGAGGAGCAUGCGGUACCGUGUACAAGGCUAUGAUGUCUGAUGGCACAUCAAUUGCUGUAAAAAAACUCAAGUCCCGGGGAGAAGGAGCCACUGUUGAUACCAGCUUCAGGGCCGAGAUUUUGACUCUAGGAAAGAUAAGGCACCGGAAUAUCGUGAAACUCUAUGGGUUCUGCCACCACCAGGACACGAACCUUCUCCUGUAUGAGUACAUGGAAAAUGGGAGCUUAGGAGAGCAGCUCCAUUCAAGCAAGCGCUCAUACUUGGAUGAUUGGAAUAUCCGGUAUAGGAUUGCUUUGGGAGCGGCCGAAGGUCUCUGCUAUCUUCACUACGACUGCAAGCCGAGGAUAAUUCACCGGGACAUAAAGUCAAACAAUAUCCUGUUGGACGAAUUGCUGCAGGCACAUGUGGGGGAUUUUGGACUCGCAAAGUUGGUCGAUUUCCCAUACUCGAAGUCCAUGUCAGCAGUUGCCGGUUCAUAUGGAUAUAUCGCCCCAGAGUACGCCUACACGAUGAAAGUGACAGAGAAGUGCGACAUCUACAGCUUCGGCGUGGUCCUGUUAGAACUGAUAACCGGUAGGACCCCAGUUCAGCCUCUGGAGCAAGGGGGUGACCUGGUAUCCUGGGUUAGGAGAUUGGUCCGAGAUGGGCUCCAGAUGUGCGAGAUUUUUGACAAGAGGCUCGAGAUAAGCUCGAAAAGGACGAUCGACGAGAUGUCUUUGUUCCUGAAAAUUGCACUGUUCUGCACCAGUGCUUCUCCUUACAACCGCCCCACCAUGAAGGAAGUCAUCGCUAUGAUGAUCGAUGCUAAGGAGGUAUCCAGCAGCUCUCCUGGUUCUCCAACUUCUGAGACUCCGUUAGAUAAGGAUGCUCCUUCGGGCACAUACAGACUCGCUUGCAGAUCGGGCUAAGGAAGGAAUUCAAGCUCCUGACAAUCACAUGGAACUUUGUUAUCUUUUGUCUGUCCGAUUUAAAGCGGCGUGCCUGGAAGAGUAGAAGAGCAAUGAUCAUUAAGAUGUGUAUGAAUAACCCAUCAUGAUUUCAUUAGAUCUUGGGAAAUAGCCUGAAAGCAUCUGCAAUUGCAAGUAUUUGCUGGCAUUUGGUAGCAAAAUGCGAAGUCGCAUCUCAUUUCACCUUACCGAACGGAAGUUUCAUGUUCAA